GGGGCCGCAGCGCCGCGAGUUCUCCCGUCAGAGAGCCGGCAGCCCGCAACGCGAGUGUUGCUGCCGAGCUUUAUAAUAACCGGAGAGAGAGACCGCAACAAGCACACUGUGAACGAUCAUCGCCGUCGCCGCUCUCGCCGCCGUCGACAGCAGGGAACGGAGCCCGUCGAGGAGAGGAGAAUCUCGCGUCGUAUUUCCGUACGUUUCCCAGACGGAGAGGCUUCCGCAUCGGACAGCGCGACGUCGUCGUUCGCCGUCGGAGGCCGUCCGCCGAUUUCUCUCUUUCCCUCUCUCUCUCUCUCUCUCUCUCUCUCUGUCUUUUUCUCUCUUUCGGUUUCUCCUCUCUCGUUCGGGCUCUCGUUCGCUCUCGUCCGUGGUCGCAACCCCCGUGGUCUCCGGGACGCCCGGUGUCGUAGCAUCACCGUGCGCUCGCUCCGGCACGCAGAGAGACACGUAUAACGUUAAAAACUACUUAUCGCGGUGCGCGAAGGGAACGAGAGAGGUGUGACCCCCCUCCCCCGGCGACGAUCGGGUCACGAGAAGGCAGACGAAGGGACAAACAGCUCGGAGGAGGACCGCGAGGCGCGUAAGACUCUCCCCCUUUCCUCCGAAGGACACUCCGCUGUCAGUCAAGGGCGACUGGUCGUCGUUCGCCCGUUACCGCGGCGGUAGCAGCCCUUCAGGAUACCUCCGGAAUCUGGAAACCAAUCGUCGAGGCUACCCCCCGGCUCUCGUGAUACCCAGAAUAUCGCUGGGGGGAGUGUAACGAGUAACCAGCAAUGAGUACCACGGACCCCCCCGGGGAGGGUGGAGGAGAGGGAGGAGGAGGAGGAGGAGAAGGAGGAGGGGAGAGCGCUACGACAAAUGUCGAGCAGAUUGCAUCCCCGAGCACGCCGAUCACCACCGUGCCGGCGCAAGCGGUCGCUCAACAACAACAACAGACACCGCAGCAACAUCCGCCGCCGUCGCCGCUAAGCGGCUGCUAUCUUCUCGUGGUGCUUCCUGAGCCUCAUACCGCACAACACAAGGACCUCAUCUUGAACCGCCUCGCGAAAGGUUUUCUAUCAUGGGACAAGGACAGUUGUCACGUAGAUCUAGAGAAGGAAUUAUUGGCCUUAGUAGCGCAAGCCCCCGAAGGCGAGGAAGCCAGAAAUGGCGAAAGGUUGAUCCAAUAUGCCACCGAGAACCUUGUAACAGAAGUUCUCAUUCACCCGCAGACGAAUACAUUGUUACAGUGUAUUCGCAAUCUUCUUUCAAGCUUCACGAAACAUCGGCACAUCAUACACGCUGGAUACACAUUCGGUGGCAAUGGUUCCUGGAUAUUGCAGGAUGGAACCUUCAGUCUCGCAGACUUUCUGGAUGCGUUCAGUGAACAUGAAGUGCAAAGAGUCCUUCGUGCCUACGAGAAUAGCGUUACCGUAGAUAUUCAUUGCGCGGGUGUUAGCGAUUGGUCGACAAGUCGAUUAUCAAAGGAAGCUUGUUGCAGAUCUUGCAGAGUCAGAGUGAACCCCGACGAUGUUCUCACAGCCGGUAUGCCGGCUAUCACGAGUUUUACGAACUACAUCGGACAGUACCUCGUGUCGCAAACACUGGACCAGCUCAUGGAACCGUCCGACGUCGUUGGAAACAUUAGAUUUAGUCAUCCGACCUUAUACGUCUUCCCCGGUGGACAAGGUGAUGCCGCGCUUUUCGGUAUAAACGGCUUCAAUAUGCUCGUCGACGGCGGCUUUGCCAGGAAAGCAUGUUUCUGGGAUUUCACCAGGCAUCUCGAUCGAUUGGAUGCUGUUCUAGUCACUAGGAUAAAUAAUAGUAACAUCGGCGGUAUGUUCAGCGUUCUUCGCAAGAAAAAGGAGAUGCACGUUUAUCCCCAAAUUGGCCAUUUCUUUUGUAACUUAGUCGAAAGAAGACAAUCAAAUUCACCCGACGGCGAUAAAGACAUCGAUCCGCUUGUCCUCAAUCUCACUGAUAUUGGCCAAGAGAUGGUAGUGAAUCUUCGACACAUUAAUCUCCGUGCGCAUCCUUGCUACAGAGAUCCCGAUCCGAUCAAUCUCUAUCACAAGGUAGGCCACGGCACGCUGGACAUGUACGUUCUCAGUCCAAACAAGGACAGUCGCGAGGUGCGCGAGUUCUUGGCGAAGUGGCACGCGUCGGACUCGAAGCUGUUCGCAGGCUUUCACAAGAAGGACUCGAAUAAUCUUACAUUCCCAAUCCAGAAUCUCGUAUCAAUAUGCGCUCUUCUGGUUUGGCAGCCGGCCAAUCCCGAGGACAAUAUUACCCGAAUUCUUUUUCCCGGAAGCACGCCGCAGCAUAAGAUCUUUGAAGGUUUCGAAAGACUGAAACAUCUGGACUUUUUAAAACAUCCGGUAUGUUCAGCAAAGACACUGUCACCGUCAACGUCUCUGGCGACGCUCAGAGACAAACCAGCCAAACAGAAAUUCAGUCUUAUCGAGAAGGAACAUAAGAAAAUUUUUGAACCAAAGAGAGAAAAGAGAGAACCAUCGGAACCCAAGUCUAUCAAGGCCGCAGACGAGUCUGUAUCCAAGAAUAUUCCUCAAUCGACGCCAAUUAUACCUACAAGUAAACAUAAAACUGAGAUGAAGAAAACUGAGGCGAAAAAAAUUAUGGAAAACAAGAAAAUUGAGACCGAAGCGAAGGAAAGUAAGAAGAUUGAAAAAGAACUAAAAGAGGUGAAAAAGGAACCGAAGAAAGAAUUAGUCAAAGUGGAAAAAACUGAGAAACGAGAGGAUGAUGUUCUAAAAAAAUCUGAUUUAAUCAAACCAGAGCUCGAGAAGACGAAGGAAUCGAAGGAAUCUAAAGAAUCAAAACCUAAGAUCGAACCAAAAAAGAAAGAACCAAAAGAGAGCAAAGUAAAAGUUGAACUAAAGAAGAGCGAAGUAGUCUCGAAACCGAAGUUAACCGAGAGGAAAGUUAAACCCUCUGGCUCGGAGAAAAAAGAUGCUGUAAAAUCAUCUCCGACAACUCCGAAGAAAACUUUGAAUGGUGCUGCAACAAAGACGGAAAUAUCAAAAGCCGUGCAGAAGACGAAGCCGGCAGCCAAGAUCGCCCCAAGUCUUCCUGCCAAGAGCGCCAAAGAAGCUAACAACAGAAAAGUGGUGGAACAGAAAAAAUCCGAAGUUGCAAAAUCUACAGUGAAAGAUACUGCGACGCCUGUCGCCAAAGUAUCCGCAAAACCUAAGCCGAUGGAUAGGAAGCCGAUUAGUCGCCGUGCAAAACCGGUUAGUCCCAACAAAGUCCGUAUGCCAGGCAGUCCGGCGAAAUCUACUCGCAGCACUCCGACAGCUUCUGUAAAAUCGGACAAAGACGGUGUUAUACGCAAAGUGAAGGGCGACAAAGGCACCACCGAUUCGUCUACAGUUUCUACUCCAUCUGGCAUAGAACCAGAAGCCGUAAAACCGAUCGAUAAGAGCUUAAUCGAACAAUCUGAAGAUAUAUCAUUGGAUUCUAUAGAAAGCAAAGUGUUGGCAGAUCUCAAGGAAGAGCGAGAAGUAGUGGAAGAAAUAGAAGCAGUUUUACAGAAGGCGGAAAGAAUCGUUGAGACUCGAAAGGAUGAUCGUUUCGAGGGUGAUGACGAAAUCACGGCUGAGGCUACUGAUAAAAAGGAAGAGGAUAUCACGGAGGAAGAUGUCACCGCCGAGAUUGAGGAUGUACCUAAGAAGGAAAGUUCUAGAAAGGAGAGUCAGGAAUUAACUGAAGAGGACGAAUAUCUUAUUGUGGAAAAGGAAGAAGUUUACACCGAGGAUUCCGCUCAGAGCGGCGAAGGCGAACAAAAGCACGUUCUUGACGAAGCUCAAUCAGAAAAAGCGAAGAUCCUGAAAGAUGUAGAGAUGAUGAAAGAAAAGGGCGAGAAGGAAGAACCUGAAGAGAAAGAAAAAAUUGACAGUCCGGAAAAAAGGGCUGAAAAAAUCGCAGAUAAAGGACAGAAAGAAAUCGCUGAGUUAUCUACGGAACAUAAGGAACAGUUACAAGAAGAAGUAAAGGAGAUAAUAGCUUCUGCAGCCGAGAUCGUACAGAAAGUUGAAGAGAAGGAUGAUUCCGGUAAGAAAGACAGCGAGGAUAUUACAAAAGAACCAUCUAGUCUAAGUCCGGACAAAUUGGAUUCAUCUGAGAAAAAGACGACCGAUACUGACAUGAAACCGGACGUCGAUCAGAAGGAGAAUAUUCUUGAAAAAAUGGAAGAGUCUCAGGAGCGAAUCUCAACGAUAGAAUCGGGAGCCACUACAACCGCUCCUACUUUGCCUGAAGACGAGCGAAUACCAUUGGAUGAAAUAAAAGAGGAUAUUGACGAGAAACAUGUCAUUGAAGAGGUAAAGGAGAAAGACGCUCCUGUGAAGCUGAAGGAGGAAGUCGUUCCAGAAACUGUUCCCGCGCCUGCCAAACCAGAAGUCAAAGUAUUUGAUGUCCGACCGGGAAUGUCAAAUUUGCAAAGAGACAUCGUUAAAACACCUGAUGAGGUCGCAGAUCUACCGGUUCAUGAAGAAGUCGAUCCCAAGCUUUACAAGAUGGAAGAUUUCGAGAAAGGAAAAGAGGAGAAGCCAUCACCGACUGCACAGGAGGGCAAAGAACCACCCACUCCGACUUCAAAAGAACAGAAAGGCGUCUUUAGCUUUUUCGGCAAAGUGGCAGAUAAAUUUGAAAAAGGUAUCGAUAAAUUAACUAAAAAGACGAAGAAAGAUUCCGAAAAGGAUUCCGACGAAAAAUCUUCUUCAAAAUCGAGUUCUCCGAAAGAACCAAAACCGUCAGAAAAGAUGCUCUUGGAAGAAGUUGACAUGGAAAAGAUGUUCCCUAAAAUCGGUAAACCCGUUGACAAACCCGAGACAUUCGAAGAACCGAAACCUAUAAUUGCUGACGUAACAGAGACUGCCAUCAAGGAAACCGUGGCACUUAUACAGGAAGAGAUACUGGACGCGCAGAGACAUAGUGUGCCGGAUAUUGAACAGAAGAUUUCAACUGAUAAGUUAGAUGAGAUUAAGAAAAAAGCUGAAAUCGAGGAAUCAUUCCCUGCAAAGGACGUAUCACCAACUGCCGUUUCGCCUGCAAAACCGAUUGAAGACAAGGAAAUUGUAAAGGAAAUUGAACUUCUAAAGGAAGAAGACAUCGGAGAAGAUGUAGACGAGGUAAAGGCACUUUUAGAGGAAGCCUCGAAAAAAUUCAAAACUGUGAAAGACAGUUUAAGAGAUUCAUUGGAAUCUUUAGAUGAUAAAAUUAAGGAAGAGAUAGCUGAGGUACAUGAAGUACCAUCAUCCAUGUUGAAGGAUGCGGUAAAGGAUACGUUGGAAGGAGUGGCUGAAAAAUUAGAAGAGAUAAAGCCACACAUCGAAAGCCACUUGAUCGACAUAAAAGAACCGGAGAAAGUUAAGUUUGAUAUACCGAAGGAUGAAGAAUUCGAAGAUGAAUACGAAGAACAGAUAGAAGGGCCAUACAGAGAUAUGAAAGAGGCUGUCAGGGAUGUCGCGGGAGUUCUUGCCGGCACUGCCGGCAUCGAACUCGAAGACAAACCUAAAGAUGUUAUAGAGAUCGUAAAGAAAGUCGCCGAGGUUCUCAGAGAAGAUGAUUUUCUUUCCGACAAAGCACUAUUCGAUCAAGAUUCUAAGAAAGCAGAGAUCUCACCGAUUUCGACGGACAGAAAACCGUCGAAAGAAGAAAUCUCUCCAAUUUCGACAGAAAGAAAGCCUUCCAUAUCAAGUGAAAAAAUAUCUCCAGAGAAGGUAACUAAAUUAGAAGAAAAGGAACUCACUCACGAGGAUACUGUAAUAUCGAAGAAAGUCGAUGUUACCGCAAUACAUCCGGAAGAGGUUGUCGAGAAGCCCAGCAAAAUUCUGCCACCGUACGAAAGACCUAGCGCUAUUGAAAUAAAGGAGGAACCCUGUGUAAAAAUAGUAAAGGGAACGGACGAUAUAAUGUCGCCUGUUACAGAUGUAACGAAGGAUAAGCGAGACGCGCAAAAGAUUUGCGCGGAGAUGUUGAAGGACGAUCAGCAUAUUUGCGACCUACAUAAAAAAUCGGCGGAGGAUGAUACGUCUCGGGUGGAUGUGAUGCAGGCUGGUAUUGAGUGCGUAUGCGUAAAGAAAGUGGUGGAACGGUCAUCUUUUGAGGGGAAGGAGGAGAUAGAGGAACCCGUAAUCGGCUUCGAACAAAAGAUUUCGCCGGCGAAGGCGGAAAUAGUGAUGGUGACUCCCGGUUCUACGCCGACUUCACCGAAAUUUGUUGCAGACAAGAUAUACGAUGAAGGAUUAGAAAUCGGCUUUCGAAAACCUUCCAAAUUACCGGAGGAUAUCAAGCAAGUUCUCGAUAGGGAUGUGCCCGUUGAAGAAGUAAUCGAGGAAUUGAUUGUCACGAAAAAGAAGAAAAUCACUAUCGAGAUAAUAGAAUAUAUCACUGUAGUAAAGCGUAUUCCGAGGGAACGUGUGAUUUACAUUAUCGAAGAGAUUAUCAUAAAAAAGGGACUUCCGAGAGAAAGCGUAGUAGACGAUUCCGAGAUUCUGAGGUUGAAGGAAUCUGUUACACCUGAGAAAAGAACAGAGGUCGAGGAAUAUAUCGUUAAUGAAUAUAUCGUCAAAGGGAAGCGAAUUACUAUAGAAGUCAUCGAGGAAAUCUCGAUUAAGAAAGUUGUGCCUAAGAAGAUUGUCAUUGAAAUUAUUGAAGAAAUUAUUAUGAAAAGAAAAAUUACCAGGCAUACGAUACUAGAUGUUCCUGAAGAAGUAUUAUCGGAAAUAGUUAAAGAAGAAUCGCCGGAAGAAUCGCUAGAACAAUCGGCAGAGGAGCAGAUAACACAAAAGAUAGAUAUAACUGCAAAACGAGAAUCCGUUGCUGAAAUUCCUGAUGUUUCAACAGGAGAGAAAGAAAAAUCAAUUAUUGAGGCGUCUGACGGGCAGAUUCCGAAAACGGAAGAACCAAUAACAUCGCAAAAAAGAGCGGAAGUUGAAGAAUAUAUUGUUAACGAAUACGUUACUAAGGGAGAUAACAUUAAUAUUAAAAAACUUGAAGAAAUCUGUGGUAAAAAGAAGGUGCCUAAGAGAAUUAUUAUCGAGAUUAUCGAAGAAAUUAUCAUUAAACGAAAAAUGCCGAGGUCUGCAGUACUUAGUGUAACCGACGAAGAGUUAUCACGUAUCAAGGAAGAAGCAAUCGCAGAAUCGCAAAUAUUAGCUGAGAAAAGAAAAUCGGUCUCUGAAGUACCCCUUUCUGAGGAGAAAAAGACUCCAAUUGAGUUGAAAGAAGGCGAAAAGGAGGAUGUGCUCAAGCGAGAAAUGAGCAGUGAAGAGGAAUUAUCGGCUCUGUCUGAAGAGGAUGACGUCGAGAAGGAGGUGGAUGGAUUUGUCAGUAUACCUAGAAGAAUUUCCGAUACGGCAGAUGCGAAAAAGAAAUCGAUUUCAGAAAUUUCACCUACGGUUGCAAAGGAACACGAGAAAGACGUGAUUGAUGACUUCGAAGCCGUCGAACAAGAAUAUAAAGUACGUGAUGUACCAAUUACGUCUCCCGAAAAGGCACAUGAAAUGAAAGAGAAAGAAGACGUUGAAGAAGCUGCGGAAGAUACCACGAGUGAAGUGAUCGAAGCUGAUGAGAAGUUCGUGCAAGAAACUAAAGGGAAAGUGGGAAAAGAAGAACCUUCGAAGGAUAUUAAACCAGAUGACAAGAAAUCUGUAGAACGGAAAGCGUCUGAGAUAUUGUCGGAGGUCGUCGAUACUACUGAGAAAUAUUUGGACGAGGCUAAGGAAAAGACGGACGAUAUUCUUUCGAAAGACACCACUGCUGUGAAAUUAAUGUCAGUUUCUGAUAAAGCAGAGAAGUCUUUAACUGAGGAAUCAAGUAAGGAAAUAUCCAAAGAUCUUUCCGAUAAGCGACCAUCAAUCGAUGUACCUGAAACUAUUUCUAAACCAAUUACACCGGAAACAACUGACGAGAAGCUUGAAAUGAAAGAGAUUGAACCCGCCGCAGAAAAAGCCGAGGAACUGCAACUUAAAGCGGAAGAUGAUAAAUCAAAACCAACAAGUCCAAUUGAAAGCGAAGAAUUAAAAGAUAUUAUGCAUUCUAUUGCAAAAGUUAUUGAAAAACUUGCCGAAGGAGUGGAGUUAGAAACAAAACUCGCAGAUGCAACAGGCUUUUCACAAGAACCAAAAGUAGAGUUACUUAAAGAUGAUGAACAAUCUAAACUAUCAGAGACCACAGAAAUUAAGGAAACUCCAUUAACUAAGGAAAAGAAGAGCCCUCAAAUUGAGGAUGGCACUGUCACAAGAAUGUUGGUUACGGCAUGUAGCGAGGAUGGUAGAGAAGAAAUUGAGAUUUGUCCAACCGGUAGCAUAACGUUCACAAAGACCGUCACUCCGGACGAUACUCUUAAGGAUACAUCAACCAAAUCUACACCGGAUAAAGAUUCUUUACUUUUAGAUAAGCACUCGGGCACAAGUACUCCCGAGAAGGAUAUCAUUUCUGAAAAAUCUGCGCCAGAAGGUAAGAAUAAGAUUACUCCGGAAGAUAGCUUGGAAAAAUCACUCGUUGGUCCUCGUGAUUCGCAGGAUCUUGAAGACAAUUUGGAGAAAUCGGAAUCGCGCAAGCCAAAGGUGCCAGAGAAAUUAGAAGAUAUUACAAAGCCGAAAUCUCCCGUAGAAAAAGAAGACUCGAAAAUAUCGGAAAAAGAUAUGCCGAAAUCGCCUAAGGAGGAACGAGAGAAAAUACAAUCUCCCUCGCCGCUUGAUGUGAAACACGAAGAUGUACAAAAACCAGAAUCACCUCUUGAUAUAGAAACGCAAAAAUCUCUAACGGAAUCAGCCGAAAAAUCAAAACUUCCUAUCGAGUCGGUGCUUCCAGAACCUAAGAAAGAAGGAACGGUCGGUUUUCCGAAGACACCUGAAUCACUCCAUUCAGAGGAUAUUUCACCAGCCGAGACAGUUUUCUCAAAGUCGCCUACAGACAAAUCUGAAAUGUAUUUUGCGAGAGUACCUAUUACCGAAGAAGACGUUACUGUCAAAAAAGUCAUUAAAGAAUUAUCUGAAACUAGUAAAGAAAUUAAAGCGGCCGUAGAUAAAGAAUUGCCGAUAUCUUUAGAGGAAUCCGAGCAAGAUAUUAAAUCUCACGAUAAGUCCCCUAGUGUUCUAAGUAAUAAAGUCGAUGAGAAGGAAACUGAUAAGCCAAAAUCGCCUAGUACCAUUGAGAAAGAAACAAUAAAAGAAAUAAGUGAGAAGUUGCCUAUUUUUGAGAGUGAACAUGACGACGAAAAGGGACCAAUUGAUGAAGCUAGAUCUCCAAGUGCGAUCAGCGAUAAAUCUGACGGAAGGAAGGAGGCCGAACGUUCGAAAUCACCGAGCAUAGCUGCAGAUAAGCCGGACCUUCAAGAUGUGACGGAGCAUUAUUUAGAGAAACCAAAGUCCCCUAUUUUUGAUAGGCCAGAUUCGCCUAAAGCUAUUGAUAAGACUGAAGUAUCGCAUGAUAAAGAUAGGUCUCCCAGUAUAGCUAGUGAUAAAUCAGAUAGCAAGAAAGCAAGUGAUCGUUCUAGAUCACCAAGCGUUUCUGUAGAAAAAAUAGAUUUCAAAGAUACAGACUUAUCAAUCGAGAGAAUCCGAUCGCCUAGUGUCGCAAGCGUUAAGGAUGACAAACUGGAACAACUUUCAAUAACAAAAUCAACCGAUGUCAAAGCUGAAGUAUCAAAGGACGCGUUAAAGUCUCCAAAGCUUGAUGAAGACAAAUCGGAUCUCAAAGAUACAACGCAACUUCCAGACAAAUCACGAUCAUCGAGUGUGACAAGUGGUAUUAGUGAAUCUAAAGAACCAGAUCGUUCGAAGUCUCCUAGUAUCGCUGAUGAAAAGCCAGACUUGAAGGCUGUUGGCGAAUCGUUUGAUAUAAAGGUACCUCUUGAUAAAUCUAGAUCGUCCAGUGUUGUGAGCGAGACAGGCAUCCAGAAGGAAUCAGCGGAUCAUUCAAAAUCUCCCAGCACCGCGGGCGAAAAACCAGAUAUGAAAGAUGUGCUGGAAACAACAAUGGAAAAAUCGAGAUCUCCGAGUGUCAUCAGUGUUACGAGUGAACAGAAAGAAUCAGUUGAUCGCUCCAAAUCUCCGAGCAUUGCAGGAGAAACAACAGAUUUGAAAGACGUUGUGGAAUCCGCAGAUUAUUCGAAAUCACCAAGCGUAACUGGAGAAAAGCCAGAUUUGAAAGAUAUUGCUGCAGACAAAUCGAGAUCUUCUAGUAUUACAGGAGAACAGAAAGAAUUGUCUGAUCGUUCCAAAUCUCCUAGUAUUACUGGAGAAAAACCAGAUUUGAAGGAUUUUAUACAACAACUGGAUGAAAUAUCAAAGUUACCCGCGAGUGCUACGAGUGAUUUAAAAGAACUCGACGAUCGAUCGAAAUCGCCAAGCAGUGAUUUAACAGACAUUACAGAACGAUCGUCAUUCGAUAAAUCUAAAUCACCUAGUAUCGCCAGUAUUACGUCUGAUCAGAAGGAAGCAGUAGAAAAAGAAAAAUCACCGACACUCCCGGAUAAAAAAGAAGAACCCGACAGGAAUAAAUCUCCAAGCAUGGCAAGUGAAAAGUCUGACGGUAAGAAAUCUGCCGAUGGCUCGAGAGCGACCAGUAUUACGGAGGAAAAACCAGAUCUUAAAGACGUGAUAGAACUAUCAGCUGAUAAAUCCAGAUCAUCAAGUGUUGCGAGUGAGAAAGCGGAAUUACUUGGAAAAUCAACAUCGCCUACUGUUUCUGAUAAAUUAGAACCACCUGUUGAUCAAAGUAAAUCUUCUAGUGUUGCUAGCGAUAAGUCCGAAGAUAAAUCUUCAACAGUUUUUGGAAAAACGGAAGUCAAGCCAGAUGAUAAAGAGCCAAUGGAAGAAAUAGAUAUUGAUGAAUUGAAAACAUCCGACAUAAUGGGCGAUUUGCAUUUUGUCGACAAAACAAGAUCGUUAAGCAUUAUCAGCGAUAAGACGGAACCGAAAACGCCGUCCGACGUCUCAAAGUCACCGAGCUCAAGCGAGGACAAGUACGAUCAAAAGGAUGAGGGAAAGACUGCCUUUGCGUCGCAUUCCGAUAUGAAUAAGCCAUUUGAAGAGAAAGACGAACGUAGAGAAGAUAGCAAGAGUCCUAUAACUUCUCCUGAGACAAUCGAGAAACAAAUGCAGAAGAUUCGUGAGAAACGAUUUGCUGAUUUUAAAGAGCCAGACAUCGGACAAUCGAGCGGGAUAGAGAAAUUGGACGACGAGGAAGAAGAUGUCGUUAAAGUGACAGCCGAAAAGAAAGCGGAGAUCGAGAAGUAUAUUUUAGACGAGUUUAUCGCGAAGAAAAAAAGAAUUAGUUUAACGGUGAUUGAACGAUUGGUUAUGACAUAUUCAGUGCCCCAAUUCAUAGUGAUGGAGAUAAUAGAAGAUAUUAUCAGCCGGCAGAAUAUGCCUAGAUAUUCAGUCUUCGACUUCAUAGACGACGAAGCCCCAUCCGAGCCUGAAUAUAAAAUAGAACUCGAACCGGAAACUCUGGCGCCGCAAGAAAGAGCGAAGAUAGAAGGAUCCGGAGAAAAGAGUUUAGAUAUUUCUGAAAAAGGAGAGAAGUCGUCUAUGCCGACUAGUGAGGAUUUCGAAAGACACGAUAUUACUCAAGAGUACAUUCAACGUCAUGAAAAACCAGACAAUACUAUGAGGAGUGAAAGUCCAGAUGGCAAAAUAUCUCCCGUGGGAAGUGAUCGACAUCGCAAGGAUUCAAAAGCAGCGCUUUCUGCCAGCCCUAGCUUAAGUCCGGAGCCCAUCCCCUCCGAUAAAUCGACCCAAGAUAGUCCGGAUCGAUCGGAGCCGCACAUAGACGAGGAGAUCUUGAUAUCGGAAGAGAAGCGUAUAGAAAUCGAGCAACUCUUGGAGGAGGAAUAUAUAAAGAAAGGAAAGAAGAUCACGGAGGUGAUACUCGAGGAAAUAAUUAUCAAAACUUCCCUACCCAGAUAUAUUAUCUUAGAGAUUGUGGAGGAGAUCAUAUUGAAGAAGAAGAUCCCGAGAGAAUCUGUGAUCGAUAUAGAAAUUUACCAGGAUGAAGACUAUGAUAAACCGUAUCAAUACGAGGGAGCAGCGGACGUGGAUUACGAGUUGCCGCAUGAUGCCAGGAAAUCUUCGAUCGAGUACGGAAUGGGGAUGUAUCCGGAAUCAGGUGAGCGACAGUUAGACAAAUCUGAUUAUCCGACAGAUUAUCAGAGCCAAUUUCAUAAAGCUUUUGUCGGCGGUAUGACGGAGAUGCGGACGACACAUAUAACUACGCUGUCUGGAAAAUCGACCCCUGAAUUCACACACGACGCGAAGGCGAUGCAACCUGGGCAAACGGUCACGAUAUUGAGAGAAAGCAAAAUCGCGGAAACUAUUGAUAAAGACGAACCUGAAAAGGCUGGAUUUUCGGCAACGGUUACAUCCGAUGAUCAUGCAAUCAAAUCACAAGUUACAGAAGUUAAACGGCCGAGUACCCAAGAAGAUGAGCCCGAAGCAAUUACUCAAAUUAUCAAGCGGGAAAUUGUGGAACACGAUGAACCGGAAGUGAUCACUAAAGUCGUCAAACGGGAAAUUAUCGAACAAGAUGAGCCUGAAAUUAUCACAAAGGUGAUCAGACGUGAAAUUGUCGUGCCUGAGGAAGAGGCGGACGACUCGAAGGACGAUUCCGAAUAUGUAAAGACAAUUACUACGAAAACAACGCGAACGAUCAUGACAGAGGAAUUACCGGAAACCGAAUUAGGGCAAACCGAUCCUUCAAAAAUUUACACAGAUCCUACCUCAGGUACAAGUUAUAAAGUUGUGAGUGAUGAAGGUCCGUCUGAUACAACGGCCAGUGCCGACGUGAAACGGAUCGUGACAACGGUAACCACGAUCACCGGUCCGGAUGGCAAAGUUGUCACGAAGAAAGAUGUCAAAGAGAGCACGGACACCUUGGCCAGCGAGGAAUUAUUGGAAAAAUUAACGGAAACUACCAGUCCGGUGGAAAAGAUUAUCAAGGAAACAAUUACGACCGUGACAUCAGGCACUGCAACACCCGACAUAAAAGCUUUCUACGAUUCCGGUAAAUCGACACCUGAUCUUAAACAGGAGGCUAAACUCGAGACUACAGCAAAAGAAUACUUAGAUGCAGACAAAUUCGAACAUUCGGUGUCUCCAGUGAUUCGAGAGCUUAUAUCCGAAGACAAGACUUAUUCGGGCAAGUCCUCGCCGGAUAUAUCGCUGCCCAAGGAUAUCGUCUUUAGCGGCAAAUCUACGCCGGAAAUUCCCACGUCACCUUUGGUCAGAGAUGGUACGGUAGUUCAUCCUCAAGUAUCGGGCAGAUCAACGCCUGACAAGAGAUACGAUGGUCGAUCAUCGACGAGCACACCGGAAGGAUUCAAAUCAGGUGAAAUGAUACGAACUAUCGUGACAACCACGAAGACGGUAUCCGAUGAAGGUGAAAUAGUGACGACUACCAGGGAAGUUACGGAGACAACAAAUGAGAAGGGCGAGACGGUCGUGCUGGCGGAGAAGACCGACGUGAAGGUAGACGAACGUCUGCCGAGCAAAGACGCCGCGGAGAGUGCAAUCAGCAGCAUCAUCGGUAGCAUUAAAUCCUCGGAGUUGCAACGUACCGGCAGUCCAGGGCCUGACGAUGUGAUCAGCGAAAAGGAUCGCGGGCCGGUCAGUCCAUCGAGUGAGCAGAGCAGUGCGCCUAGCAAGACCAUGACACAACCGUGGGGUAGCAGCGAGGAACGGCAUACUUAUUCGGAUGACGAGCCAUCCAGUUCGCCUUUUUCUUCGGCCACGCAAAUUGGAUAUUCAGCGCAAGCGACACAUCAUUAUGAGCCAGAAUCCGGCAAGCAAGAGGAAGAGAAGGUUGAGUUCUCGGCAGCCGCAAUGAGUAGCAGCUUCUAUGGCGAGCUGCCAGCAGUACCGCCCGAGAUCUCUGCUAUGAAAACUUUCCACGGUGAGACUGGCAUGCAGAAGGACAGCGAUCCUGUUUACAGCCGAUUUACAGUUGAGAAGGAGCCCACUAGCGACGGUGAGAAACCAGACGCAAAGAGAUACGUCGACGAAGCCGAUCUCGAUUUUGACAAGGCUCUGAUGGAGCACAAGGAAAUGAAAGACAGCGGAGGUGCCUUCAGCAGCGGAAUAGCGCCCAGAUACACGAACGGCAGUCUUCGACAUGAAGCAGCCGACGAGAAAGAUCACCCGUCGACUUCAUUCCAAGACGACGCUAAGGACGAGAAGAGUGACUCGAAGAAAGAUCCGUUAGAGGGAUGGGGGACACCUCUCGGCUUACCGUCUCCUAAACCACCUAGAAAGUUUAAUCUAAAAAACUCUUCUCAAUUUCCAUCGUGCUCAAGCGAGACGACAUCCGAUACUCUGAACUUUGACGUUAUAAAAAAUUGGGGAGAACCUCUUAGGCUACCCUCUCCCGCACCAGUGACCAACGAAGUUUCAAACAAAGGAGCACCCAGCACGCCGAAAAAAGAGAAAAAACAAGCAAAAAAGAUCCAGUCGGAGAACAUUAAGAAUAAGAAACGUUCAGAAAGUCCCGGUAAAAAUGAGAAAAAGGUGAAGGAUUCAAAGAACAAAGUUCAACCGGUUUACAUGGACUUGGCGUACGUGCCCCAUCACGGAAAUUCGUUCUACACUUCCUUAGAAUUCUUCAAGAGAGUGCGAGCGAGAUAUUACGUCUUUAGCGGCACCGAACCUAGCCGAGAGGUCUACGAUGCUCUACUAGAAGCUAAAAAGACUUGGGAGGACAAGAAUCUCGAGGUAACCAUGAUUCCAACCUACGACACUGACACUUUAGGCUACUGGGUCGCCGAUAAUGAAGAGGCGCUCGCGGCAAACCACAUAGACCUGUCACCGUCCGCGUCCCGGUGCACUAUUAAUCUUCAGGAUCAUGAGACUAGUUGCAGCGCCUAUAGGCUCGAGUUCUAGGGAUUGGCAGCCUGCUCAGCCGUAAUAGUCGAGUUCUGAGCGGCGUCCGAAACGUAUUACAUUUCGGCACUUUCGGACCCAUUGCUGCAGGGGAAAAAGAAAGAGAGAAAAAAAGAGAAGCAAAAAUACAGAGUCGAGCAUUCAGGCCGACCUACCGUCCCGUCAGGCGAUUUCUGACCUCCCCUUUUUAGAGGACCCGAAGACGAACAGAGUAUUUCGAACUUUCGAGAUUCCCUCGCGGUCGUAGCUCCGCGGCCUAGCAGAAUCGUAGAAAUCCCGUCGAACGAUGUAGAGGCAGUCCCGAGGAAGCGAGACCGACCUUCGAUCGCGCUCAGAUCUUACAUUGGGAUUGUUUAAUCCCAGUUUAAUCUAAGUUAGGACGUUCUCCUUAUUCCUUCGCACUGAGGAGUCGGUGCGGGCGACGAGAAGAAAGAGAGAAAGGAACGGAUCGCGAGGGUUUCUUCUCUUGCACGGGGAUACAAGGUAUAAAUUAAUUAUCUACUUCUAAGAAGUCGAUUAACAGGGAGAAUUUCAUUAAGAUACAUGCUGCGGCCCAUCGACGGACGUUUAUAUUUCCGCAUUCUGCACCGUUCGCAGCCCGUAGUGCGCUGAUACCGCCUGCAAUUAAUCUUAUCGAUCACUGCUCAAGUCGAGGACGUUCUCGCGAAGAUUUCGCGCUGACGCUAAAAGCAAAGGGGGGUGGGGGGAUGGGAACGCUGAUUAUGACAUUGCACGAGAAACGACCAAUCGCGAAUCGACGACGAUCCGUAAGCGCCGCGAUCUUGUAACAAUCUGUGCGCUAGUUACCGAAAACUAUAAAUUGUUCUUAGCGCAUUCCAAUUUUCGGUCCACCGAAUCGCGGAUCGAAAAGUCGAUCUCCUCGCCCGCAUCCUCUCCUCAAUCAGCAGAUCAAGGUAAAACUUUAAUAUCUCUGACACAGCUGCCGCUUCAAGAGCACCGCGUAGUAUUUAGUGCAUCAGUUUAAGAGAAAAAAAAAAGAAAAAAAAACGAGAGAGAAGUACCGCGGUUCUUAAUUACUUACGCGGGGUAGGCAUACAUUGUAAAAACGGACAUACAUGGAAUGCGCGUUUGUCGGGGAUUCAUCGUUCGUGCCGUCCUUCAACGGGGCACGAGUAAGGACGUGAGGCACGAGGAGAACGAUCCGCGUUUUCACCUGCGAUAACAUUAUUCUUCGUUGUUACGUGAUUAACGGUCCCCUUUCUCGUCGUAAAUAUCUAUUCGUGCAUAGGUAAAACGGAACUAAAUUCCAUCAAGAAGUACUAGGAUAGGAAUUAUCUGUGUGUAUCGUGUUUCUAUAUCGUAGAGAAUAGAGAUACACGGAGGAAUGGUGAUCGCGUAUUUGACAGAUUCCGUCACCGCGUCGUCCGCACCGGACGACGCGGUCAGAGCCAGCCGAGGAGUCCGACGAGGAUGACGCCGGAAGAAAUUCGUAGAGCGUUUCGUUGUCGUGAGGAGAGUGCAGGGCGAUGGUGACAUGUCUCAAAACGUCCAUCUGACGAUUAAACAAUCCGUCUUUUCGAUAGUUUCCUUAGAUUGCCUUCGGUCGUGGGAGCCUUUGUUUUCUGAGGCUGCGGUACUUUGGAAAACAGCGAUCGCAGCACCAAGAAUAUUUUAUAAUCAUCGACAUUACAUACGUCAGACUUGCGUUGUGGCCGAUGACGUUGUUUUCCAAAGAGAAAUAAAUCUGUCUCCUUCACGUGGAGCCACGUAUCGCAUUUCUAAUCCGACGAAAACAAGUAUCAGAUGCAUCGAAGGUGAUAAUGGAAAAUAUUUCACGAUGAUCGAAUUAUUGUGAUCGCAUAAACAAUUUUUGCAGGUUAUCUAGUUUAUGAGCAGACAUGUUGCAGGAAAGUUUCCUCGAGAAGUGAUUCAAGGAAAUGCCCGAAGACACCCGACGACUCCCAGGAGGAAUUAUCGGGUAAAAAAUAAUCUGUCGAAAGCAAUUCUUCAAAAGAAGAACGAUAAUGACGGAGAAAACUCGAUCGGCAGUAUGAAGGAAGAGUUUCCAAAAGAAACUUAAAUUGGAUCUUCGUUGUAAGAAGUUAGUGUUCUCGUAAGAACAGAUCGGACGAAGUUAUAGCGGCGUGAAAAGAUUUUGGCCGAUCGCUGUUUUCUGAGGUAUCGACAAUGCCCAAAUAAAACCAAUCUUUGAUCUUUGAAUAAAUAAAUCCGUUCCCAGAUUUCGCGGUUUGUCGCUGGCUUGAUCUCGAAAUCACCAAGAAUGCAUUCGAAAGGAUCGAUUAAGACGGAUGAAACUUUUUGUACUUAACUUUUUCUUAAGCUAAGGUGUUUUAAGCCAAAGCGUGACGAACUGACAAGACGAUGGUGACGAACACAACGACGGACAACGAUCUGAUAACGCAGAGAGAGAGAGAACAUCACGCUUAUUUGAGAUAAGCUCUACAUAGGACAUGAUUAUUUUUAGCAUGAUCGAUGACAGGCCUUCCAUUCAUUUUUAUCUUACGGCGGAAGUGGACGGCGACAGCGUUCCACUCGUGGAAAGCUGUGCUUUUCCCGAUGCGAGGGUGCGCAUUUAUCAGAGAAUAUUCGUGAGAAAGUUGAUAGUAUGAUACGUUAAGUUCUGCUCAAGCAGCACAAAGGUCUAAAAUGUAUGUACACGAUGUAUACGUAAAAUACUUCCGGAAAACCAAGUUCUUUCGGACGUUUUUUUUACAAUUUUAGACGCUUAUGCUGCAUGAAGGUACUUUAUCUUGUCCAGGAGACCGAAAGAGAUCGGAUGUCUUGACGUCCUUCUUAUAAUUAUAUCUUAAAGAUUCAUCUAGCCAACCUUGCGUGCGUAGUCCUAGAUCGUAAUUGUCGUGUGCCGACAACGUCAUGUCAAGCCAAGAUAUAUCGCCUUGAAUUAAUUAAAUCCAAAUCUAAAUCAAAAACGUCGGUUUGACUUGGUGCGAGAAUGACCGCAGCUGCGAUUGAGGAAGUAUGUACGUAAGAAUUGAUCAUUAUCCGGAAUAAUAGAGAAAACAUAGGCCAGAAGAAGAAUCAAUAUACAGGUAAUAGAGACGAAGUGCGAUUAAGCGCAAUAUCGAACUGUAACUUAUAGAGGACACCUUUACCAUUCUCGCGAGAUCCACAGACGGAAGUAACAUUUUGACGAAAUUGAUAUUGCAAAAGUGAUAGGCCUUGUCUACAAUAGACAUCCUAUGAUUUUGUCACGGAAGUCAAGAGACUAAGUAUUAUUUGAAAAAAAUUAGAACGUCUGAGAUCAGGAUGUUGUUCGCAUAUUGUAUUGUCCGAUUGAAGCUUGAUUCUCUGAUGACUUUAUAGCGGAUUUCGCCGAAUGAAAAUCGGAAAAAGCUCUCCUCUAUACGAGACACAUUCGUGCCUACACGAAAACGAUGGUGCUCGAUUAGACCGAUCGUUGAUGACGAUAUUGAGGUACGGUGAUAUCGGGGGAGACGGCGAUGAAAGCGAUUUGUCUUGUCGCUGCAAACGAGAAGCUGUAGAGUGGCUCAAGAGCCCGGUUUCUAUAGAUUAGUGCGUAAGUUUUUUACCGCCUGUAAGUUACACACGAGUUUCUGUUCCGAUCGCGAGAUUUACUUUCUUACACGCAUAUAUAUAUAUCGUAUCGCCCACGUGCUCAUCUGUCAUUCGUUUGAUUAUUUAUUGUUCAUUCUUCGUUUGUGUUCACGAUUUUUUUUUUUUAUCGUAUUCGGGUAGAUUAUCCGGAGACGCAGAGGCGCGUUUAUUCGAGAAUUAGUUGUCAAGGAGACGCGAGAUUAUAUUGUCUUACUUCGUUGGAGUCAGUAUUUUAUUUUUCCCAAUUAGCAAAAGAGAGGACAAGCGAGAGAAUUUUGUAAUAGAAAAAGAGGUAAGAAGGAGAAAGCGUAGCGUGGCGUAAAUGACAUCGAGAAAAAAGAGAAAAACAAGAACGAUCGAUAUUGUUAUAAAUAUAAUUACUUUUAACGACUAUUGUGCUUGUUAUCAUUGCGAUUAAUAUUAUUGUGCUACUACUAUUAUUAUUGCGAUUAUACUAUUAAUAUUAUUAAUAUUACGAUUACGUUUAUGAGAGAGGGUCAUUAUCAUCAUCAUCAUCAUCGUUCUCUUUCUGUCAUAUACAUGAAUAGAGAAUUUUUAUAUUUAUCGAUACCUUCAUACGUAUGAUAACGAAUUUAUGUGCAAGAGAAAAGUAUUUAAGAGAAAAGUAAAGAGAGAGAGAGAGAGAG